AUGGGCUUUGCCAAAUUCUUCCGUCACAAAGAACGCUUCCGGGGAUCGGCCCAGAAGGUCUCCGGCGCUGGGCUGAAAGAGUCGCUGAAAAGGCAGUUCAAAGAUUUUAAGAAUGCAGUCGCGAAAAUUAUACACAAGUAUCUUUCCCCUUCCCAUUCUACUUCUCGUCGUAGUCCAUCUCCCGGGUCAUUUGGAAUCGCCACCGCGUCCGAUCCCUCUGUAGCGCCGAGCGAUCCACGCCGUUGGCCUGUGUCAAACCCGGAUCCUCCUAGCUCUGAUUCCUUUGAAUCUGAUACUCCUGACCCUGACCAAGAGCCCGAACCUGAACAGGGGCCUGUAUCUGAACAUAGCCUUGAAUUUGAACAAGAGCCUGUGCCUAAACAAGGAGCUGAGCCUGAGCAUGAACUUGAAUAUGGACCUGAACCUGUGCCUGGGCAUGAGCCCGAGACCGAACCUGAUCCAGAGCCUGGACUGUCUUGCUCGUGGAUUGAAGACCACGUCCGGAAUAGGGAGUCACGUCCGCUUUCCGAUUCGAGCUUGGAUGUCUUCAAGCACAUGAUAGAAACAGGAUAUGUUGCGCAGGCUAGGAGGCUAGAUCCCAAAGCAUGGGAUGAAUAUAUGGACAUGGGGCUCAAGAUCAUUUAG